AGCAGUGCUGAGGCAUCACCAUACCCUGCGUUGUGUGCGGCCGUUUUUUUUUUGGUGGACGGUUCUGCACGAUUCCGCCGCGGCACUUUGUUGGGGAGGGAACCCUUCUAGUAUGAGAACUUCCAUUCCAGCUCCUUUGAUUUCUUUCAUUCUCAUAUUUGAUCAUUUUCUUCAUUUUGACCAUCCGACCUCAUUGUUUCGCCCUCCUCAUUUCCCCGCUGCUGUCACCCACAGUUCGUGUCUGAGCGCCAGCUGAAAGGGGAUCUCUCUCUCUCUCUCUCCCUCUCUCUCUCCAUUCCUCCACCAGACAUCACUGUCCUCUUCUCCGCUGCUGCCGCUGCUGUUGCUGUCGCUGUUGCUGCUGCUCGGGAUUUCGGCGUGCAUUGCUGGACUAUAAUAACGCAGGGGGAUUUAUAUUUGUAUUGAUUUCCAUCUGCCGCCCGGCCCACAGCGGACAACCAGCACUUUUUUCUUCUUCUUCUCUCUGAGGGAUGUAUUACAGCUCUGAACAGGGGAGAAUAUAAAGCCACUGUCCGCUGAGUGAACUAUACUGCCGAGCGUGCGCCUUUUGGUUUUUUGGAGCAGGUCUCUCAUCGGGAGAUGCUCUGGUAGGCUACGGUGUGAUCGGGGGUUUGUGGUCCGUGCGCAUCCCCACUGGAUCGGGAUCUAAGGUGAAGAAAUUGCCGCGGUCAGCGGUUUUUCUGGAGCGCUUUAUUUUUUGUGUGUGUUGUGGACAUUUUUGGUUAUUUUUUGUUUGUUGUUGCUGUGAGAAGGAUUGUGCACCCACCCGGAGGCGCGCAGGCUAACCAUGGGGGACUCGAUGUGGAGAUAUUAUUUUGGAGUUCUGUUUAUUGCCUUCAAAGUGGACAUGUGCCGGGCGCUCAUCCUGGAGUCCAUCUACUGGAACACAACAAAUACCAAAUUCGUGCCGGGCCAAGGCGUGGUACUGUACCCCCAGAUCGGGGAUAAGUUGGACAUUGUGUGCCCACGCGUGGAUGGCGGCGGGAGCGACGGCGUGGAGUAUUACAAGGUGUACAUGGUGCCUAGGGAGCAGCUGGAGAGCUGCACCAUCACCAAGGCCGACACGCCGCUGCUCAACUGCGUCAAGCCCGACCAGGACGUCAAGUUCACCCUCAAGUUCCAGGAGUUCAGCCCCAAUCUGUGGGGCCUGGAGUUCUUCAGGGGGAGAGACUACUACAUCAUCUCUACAUCCAACAGCACCAUGGAGGGCAUCGACAACCAGGAGGGGGGAGUGUGCAAGACCAAGUCCAUGAAGAUAAUCAUGAAAGUGGGACAAAAUCCCUCUGAUCCUAUUUCACCCAAAGACAACCCCACCAGAGUACCCUACCCUCCCAAGCAUUCAGAUGGCAAGGAGACCUACAACCCUAACGAUGUGCUGGAGAAACCAGGUGUGGCGCCCAGAGAAAGCGGCGACACUGACACCGGCGGAAAGUCCUCCAGCGCCAUCGGCUCCGAGGUGGCUAUCUUCGUCGGCAUCGCUUCGGGCAGCGUCAUCUUCAUCAUCAUCAUCAUCAUGCUGGUCCUGCUGUUGCUCAAGUACCGGCGGCGGCACCGCAAGCACUCGCCGCAGCACGCCGCCACGCUCUCCCUCAGCACCCUCGCCACGCCCAAACGGAGCGGCGGCGGCGGGAACAAUAACGGCUCGGAGCCCAGCGACAUCAUCAUCCCGCUCAGGACUGCUGACAGCGUCUUCUGCCCGCACUACGAGAAGGUCAGCGGCGACUACGGCCACCCGGUCUACAUAGUUCAGGAGAUGCCCCCGCAGAGCCCGGCCAACAUCUAUUACAAGGUCUGAGCUGGAACUUUGAAAAAGCAAGAGACUGAACUGGAACAAUCCCGGGCAGAGAGGGUUUUUAGUUUCGGCUGGCGCCGCCAGCACGCCCGCAAUCACUCUCGCUCUCUUCUCUCCGUCUCUGUGUGUCGACUCCUCCUCCUCCUCCUCCUCCUCCUCCUCCUCGUCUCUGAUGUUUUGUCACUGCUUUUUUUCUUUAUCAAAGUUUUGCUGAUACCUUGUUGCUGUGGUUUGGUCCCAGUCGGUGCAGACGGGACGGGUGAAAUGCUAGCGCUGCCUCUCGUGCUGCUGCUGCUCUCUGGGGCUCUUGGGAAAUAGAGAGGACCAGCUCUUCUUUCCCCAGCGCUGCUCCCUUGUUUUGUUUUGUGCACCGCAGCCAGCAUUGUGGGGUGGGGGGGGGGGGGGGACUGAGUGUUGUGUAGAAGAGAAACGUAGACAGAUGCACAGCAGGGAUUUUCCUUUUCCUCGGAUUGGGACAGACGGACGGACGGAUGUAUGGACGUGAAGGUUUACUGGCACGAGAGGAGGGGAAAGAAUCUUUGGCCUCACCUUUUAAAAGAGACUACUCGCUUGGAAAAAGAGAGGGAAAGGGACAGCAAACGAAAACGAGUGAGGAGGAGAUAUAAAGGAAAAUAUGGGCUGAACCAUGAACUCCCAAAAUGGCUGCCCUCCCUCGAUGCACACUAGCCAGAGAGAUGCUCUGUGGAUUAACCAGUCGGACGAGGGAAAAGGGGGGGGAGAGAUUCUCACAGCGAUCCUCCUCCGGGACUUUCCUGACUGACUCACGGAGAUCACGCAUUCACCCUGCCACCCACAUGCUCACCAUCACAUACAAACACCCCCCCCCACAUACACACACACACACACACACACACACAUACUGUCUCACCAGUCAAUGUGAACUGUUUGGGUUAUAGUGUGGAUCGCACCAUCUCUCCUCAUUUCCCAGAUAUGUUUUUCAGCAAAUCACUUCUUUCAGAUGUUACUUGAAGGUUUUAAGGAAGAAAAACAGAUUAUUUUUUUUUUGUACUGUCAACAUUUACUGAUGUUUUUUUGCUCGUAUCUGGUUUUCAUAUCCCAGUUUAGUUCAAAUGCAGAUAGAUGUUGUUUUUUCCCCCUUCCUUUAGUGACAUGUCAUAUCGUACGUGACGUUCAAACACAAGCGACCCAACAGUGGCCAGGAGUGGCGAGAGCGUGAAAAAAAAAAAGAGUGAGGAUUUGUUUGUUUUUUUGUAUUUCGUGCCCCCCUCUUACUAGGGAAUACUCGUGUGAGGUCUGCCCAGGUGGCUCCUGGGAAGAGUGGAGGACUUUCAUAUACAUAGAGCAGCACUUUGAACUCCUUUUUGGUCCCUCCACUCUUGGCAGCAGUCACAGAGAGAGACGCGGUGAUAGCUAGAGAUGGGCGAGCAGCUGGAUCCCGGCUUUUUACACGGGGAAAGUGUAAGGGCCAAUAAGAAAUCCAACUGGCCUUACUGCCGUUUUUUUUUCCGCAUCAGGUGAAGAAGAGGCCCGAGAUCUAGUUGAGGUUAGCAUAGCUGGCUGAAACAGCUCUAGGUACUGUUAUGUUUACCCCUGGGGGUCCAGUGAUGAUUAAGGGUGCCCUAAGGGGCCCAAAAAUCAGCGUUGACCGGUGCUCUCCUAUUCUUGUUUGAAAAAAAAAAGAAGCACAGGGACAUCUUCUUACAUUGUCACUGUUUCUCAAUCUCCAUUAGCAUUUCCAUAUUGUGAGUUUUUGAUUUACUUCUUUCUCUUUUAUUUUUUUUUUACUUACUUUUUUUUUACAAAAUAGAUGUACAUUUAAAAAAGGACAUUACGCAGAGGAAAAAUAAAAAAAAAUACAAAUAAAAAGAAUUUAUUUAUGAUAGACACAUAGAGCACAGGUGUUGUCAGGCGGUAUGGAGAAGAAGAAGAAGAAGAAGUAAUGUUAAUAUAUUAUGGUAUAAGUGCACAUUAUGCAAUCUAGGUCUUUGAUUAUUUGAUAGGUCUCAACCCACUGAGUCACGUAUUUUCACGAGCUGUCGUCCACAGACACAGGGCUCAGUCCUGGGUAAGAGGACCAGGGGAGGGGCAGCCUGGCCCCCGGCCCCCCCAGCCCCAGCCCCUGCCCCCCGAGCCCUGGGCCCCUGUGCCCGAGGGGAGGAGAGUUAUCUGACCCAAAAUAGCUCACAUUGGUGUACACAAGGGCAGAGUAGCUGUGUCUCCCACACUCACUCAGUGUAGCAUCUCCCAAAGGAUAAUUAUCAUCCCCCAUUCUCCUCAUUCACACCUUUCAUGUUCUCUGUGCAUGUGUGUACGCGUCUGUGUGUGUGUGUGUGUGUGUGUGUGGCGUGUUGAGCAAGUCUAUAUUACAGUGACUUCACAUUCAUUGAUAUCUUUGGCUUAAGAUCAUAAUCGUGACUUAAGUUGUUCCCAGAGCGUGUAUCAGCCUAUCAUCGACAUUGUCAUUCGUUUCAUAAAAGAACAUCAAAUUUCACCGAAAAAGCCAAGCCUUGUAUGAUCUGAGGUUGUGCCUCUGAGAGGCCGCAAAAAUCUGCAAAUAUGCAAUUCUUAUUUAUUUUUUUAAAUCAAUUCUGAGAAGAAGAAAAAAAACAAAACAACCCCCCACCUAUGGAAAGUGUUCUUAACCACCGAAAGAUGUAACAACAAACAAACGACACAAAACUAGCAAAGUACGUCACACAAGCCUGCUGUUAGUUUUUUAUUUCUCCCGCAUUAUUUGUAGUAUUAUUUGAACCUUUUUUUCUGUUUUAACCAUGUGCCGUAGUACAAAGGUCAACUGUGAAAAAUGAAACCAUUAAAAAGCAUACAUAUACUGUAUAUCACACCUGAACAGGUAUUUAAGAAAAGAUGAAAAAGACACACACACACACAUACGACAAAGAAAUGGCUGUUUAGUUGCUCUCUGUCUGCGGCAGAAUAUGACAAUCUUAUUAGUUUCUUUGAAUCUGACGUCCUUUUCUUAGCCGCCACUCGACUAACGCUCUCCCAACAUAGCGAUGCUGUGAGAGUCUUAGCACAAAAGGCUAGGAGAAGCGCCUCAGGCUUCUGUAAAAUGCCUUGCUCGUAUGGUCAGCCCUUUGGUCACUUGACUCAGUAAUUUUGCACCGUACUUCUGUAGGUAAGGAACUGUAAAUACAUUAAUGUUUGUAUUGUAUAUGGAUCCUGGGUUGUUACAAUAGCCUUAUUCACCUUUUUAGGAAAGUAAAUGGAAAAAAAGAAAAAACAGUACAGAAAAAAUGAAAUACACUUCAGUUAAAACAGAGCAUACUACUUUUUUGGUAAAUAGCUUAUGUAAAUAUUGACCAGAACCCAAUAAAAACAUUUUUUUAUAAACUCUUAAAGUAAGAUGUUUUGUAUAAAAUUUGAAUUUUUUGCUAUGUAUUUUAGCUAGCGCUCGAUGGAAAGCCCGUGUCCUCCCCACCCCUUUUGCACUGUUUCCAUGGUAAUUUGGUUUUAGAAAAAAAAAAAAAUGAGAGAAAAGUUGCCAAACCGACUGCUGCAUAUUUGUGCCAUAAGUGUGUACCAUAAAUAUUUAUUGAAUUAGUUAUUAUUUUUAUUUUUUUUCUCUUCUUCUUUUUUUUUCUUCCUGUUUAUGAUUUAACUUGAGUCCAGUUUGUAAGUAACACAGUAUUAUAUUUGCAUUGUUUUGUUCGUUUGGCCCUGGUUUUCUUUUUCGUCAUGUCAUGGUCACCGGGUGGCUGUAGCCCCUUGUUCUCCCCUUUCCUUGCAGUAUGAGACGGCCAGGCUGGGAAUAAAAUGUUUUAAUGUUCAGAAAUUUAAAACAAGUUCAAAGUGAGGAUUAAAUGACACACAUUCCACCAGUCUGUUACAAACUGAAAAUGUUUUUCAAUAAAAUGUUUUUCCUAUGGA